AUGUCCCACCAAGAAGACAACGUUCGUAGUGUUAUCAAACAAUGGAUUGACUCCAUCGCCCGUCGUGACUGGGCCGCCUUAUCCUCCCUCGCCACACCAGAUGCAAUGUACUGGAUCGCCGGGCUCAAGUCGAAGAUACCAUACGCUGGUACUGAGCUCUACUCCGAACGAGUCAAGCUUAUUCGAAGCAUCUUUGGCCCGAUGUCGUUCUGGCACCCGGAGAUAGUGGACAUUACCGUCGAAGGUGACACCGGUGUUCUAGAAACCAAGGCAAAUGGAGAAGGGCCCAAGGAAGGCCAGAUAUACUCAAAUGCUGGUAUCUUCAAGUUUGUGGUGAGGGACGGGAAGAUCAUAGAGGUCAAAGAAUUCCUGGAUUUCUUUGCAGUGUAUGCGUACAUGGGCAUUGAGGUUGACGUGAAAUGGCCAUCCGAAGGGUGA